CGCUCCGACUGGCGCAAGAUGGCUGAACAGGACAUCACCAAAUACCUCCAGCAGAGCCACGACCGGUUGUUCAACAACAACCGGUCCUGGGCAGAGGCCAAGGCCAAGCACAACCCCGACUUCUUCAAGGAUCUCUCGGCUGGUCAGGCCCCCGAGUACCUCUGGAUCGGAUGCGCCGACUCUCGCAUCCCCGCCGAGCAGAUCUGCGGCCUCGAGCCCGGCGAGGCAUUUAUCCACCGCAACAUCGCCAACCUCGUCUGCAACACUGACCUCAACGCCAUGGGUGUCAUCAACUACGCCGUCAAGCACCUCGGCGUCAAGCACAUCAUUGUCUGCGGCCACUACGGCUGCGGUGGUGUCAAGGCCGCCAUGACUCCCAAGGAUCUUGGUCUGUUGAACCCCUGGCUGCGAAACAUCCGCGACGUCUACCGUCUGCACGAGAAGGAGCUCGACGCCAUCGAGGAUGAGGCUGCCCGCUACGACCGCCUGGUCGAGCUCAACGUGGUUGAGCAGUGCCGCAACGUCAUCAAGUCAGCCGACGUCCAGCAGUCGUACGCCCAGAAUAAGUACCCCAUCGUCCACGGCUGGGUCUUUGGCUUCAAGGACGGUCUGCUCAAGGAUCUCAAGAUUGACUUUGAGGCGGUCCUGCACGAUAUCCAGAAGAUUUACAACCUCGUCGAUAACAAGUAAUGGAAGCGUGGUCUGGUGCU